CGAUUCACGACGAUGCAUACCGCCAGUCGGUUCGAAUAAUCGCCUCGUGGCAGGUGAAGACGAAAAUCGGCGAGGCCGAGCCUGCCAGCUAUCCAAUCACCUAGUCAACUAGUCGCCGUAUGAAGUACGGACGAACCACGAAAUCGUACCUCAAUUUUCCACAAGAAAUUUUGUUACCUAUUGCGGUGCGAUACGGUAUACAAAAUUUCGCGCAGCUAUCUGUGUAACGUGUUACUUUUCUGUUUUCUUUUGUCACUUAGUCGUUGAUUGGUCUCAAUUUGUUUCGGUUGUUUUUUUAUUUCGUUCAGUGCACUACAUAACUACAAAGGUGAGACAUGUCUUCUUUGAAGGGUGAUAAAAUUCCAUGUGCCCGACUUUGCCAUAUCGUCAAGUGGGAUGAUUUUGACGGCUAUGGAUUUAAUCUACACGCAGAAAAAGGAAAAAAUGGUCAAUUUAUUGGUAAGGUGGAUGACGGUUCUCCUAGUCAAGCCGCUGGUUUACGACAAGGUGAUCGAAUCAUCGAGGUUAAUGAAAUCAACAUCGCAAACGAGACUCAUAAGCAGGUUGUUGAACGCAUAAAGGCUUUUCCUAAUGAGACGAAGCUUCUGGUGGUCGACCAAGAAGCCGACGAAUAUUUCAGGGCCAACAACAUCGUUAUCAAGGGCACUAUGGCGAACGUCAAGGUGAUCAAGACCCCAGAAAAGAAUCCGAAUAGUAGCGAACAAGAAGAGCUUAACGGCAGCAAUGCCUCCACCGAUGAGAACGCACAAAAAUCAAGUGGAUCGAACGAUACGUUGCAUAGCGAGAGCAGCACGGUAUCGGCAAGUGCAACGAGAACAUCGACCAGAAGCGAGAACGAUAACGAAAACGAGAGCGAACGCGAGGAAACUGGCCAAGAGAACGGGAACAGUAUUAAGAACGAUACGACGACGAUGGCGCACGUGCACGGUACAGGAAACGGGAACGUCACCGGUAACGAGUCACGACAGGGUUUGAACCUGAAAAUGAGUGCCAAAGAACUUAGAGCCCAGCUAGCUCUUCGCAAGAAAUACGAUCCGAAGAAAGAAUCGAUCGGUUUCAAGGACAAAUUUGACAUCGUACAAAAGUUAUAACGGCAAUUUCGUCUGCCUCGUUUGAUAAUUUGUCGACUAUGCGCGGUGCUCCUUUUUAUCUCGCUAUUAAUAGAUAGAAUCCUUACGUCGUGGUCGAUUUUAUUCGGAUGGACAUCGGGCUACGUUUAUACGCGCUAAACUGAACGCAUGCGCACAAUCUUUUCAAAUUUCCAACAAUUUUCGAAACUUCUAACACACACACACACAUAUAUAUAUAUACAUAACAUA